AUGGAACUUUCAUCUGAAGACAAAAGAAGAAUUAUUGAAGAGAUUAACUCCAUGCGUAAAGAGCGAAUGAUGAUAAAACAACAAAUGGAACAGAUAUUAGAUCGAAUUGAUGAAUUAGACGAUUCUUCUUCUUUAGGCACUUUGUCUUCUAAUAUCAUUACCCCGAAAAUAGCAUCAAGGAACUAUGCUGUAUCAUGCCAUAUUGAAUCUAUGAACGAAGAACAAACAAAGAAAGAAUUAGUUCAACGAAUCUCAAUUUCAUCCUCUCGUAAACAAGAUUUGAUACGAGACAUUAACACCGAACUUGAGAAUUUCCAUAAUAACGACAUUUCUUGUUUCCACCAAAUUCAAACUUCAUCAAUUAAAACACGAAGUGAAAUUGAAAAGACAAUUAAACAAUUAUCACAAGCAUUACUUGAACUUAAACCAGACGAAACAACAAACAACGAAAUAUCCGACCUUUUUAAAGAAUCCCAAGAACGCUCAACAUACAUUGUUAACAAACAAGCCGAACUUGUCAAUUUGAUCAAAACAAAGCUUGAUCUUCUUAGCAAACGAUACGAAUUGAACGAAUAUUCUUUUGAACAAAAACUUUUUGACAAGAAAGACAUUUCACAAGAAAUUGCACGUCGUCGUACAUCAGACUUACCAAUAUUACUAAUAUAA